AUGGCGCAACCCGACAUCUCCCAGAUCCUCGCCGCGCUCGCUCAGACGCAGCCCAGCGCUACCCCCCAGGCCCCCACCCCACAGCAUGCUCCACCAACGCAGCCACCACCAGGAUACCCACCGGGAAUGAUGCCCGGACAGCUCCCCAACGCGCCACCACCUCCCACCUCCUACCUUCCGCAACCAUCGAGCACGGGCAACAUCGACUUGAGUGGCAUCAAGCCGGUCAACAGUGGCUCGGUCAGCAUCGCCGAUGCCAUUGCAAAGGCGCGCCAUAUUGCGGAGAAUCGCGGCAUCGCCUCGUACGACUCGCGACAGCAACAGGCACCACGCGACGACCCUCGUCUUGCAAAUCGUGGCGGACAGCGCUCUCGUUCACGCUCACCACCCAGACGCGACAAUUACAACGCCAACCCUUACCGCGACGAACGACGCGAGGACCCUCGACGAGGCAGCUACCGACGCUCCCCCUCUCCGGACCGUAACUUCCGAGGCGCACGCGAUCCACCGGCCGGUCAACGUGGAAACGAUGGUGGCGAGGUGGAGACGAUCCGUGUCAAGUCUGCGCUGGUGGGAUUGAUCAUCGGGCGCAACGGCGAGAACUUGCGCAAGGUGGAGACGGAAUCUGGAGCGCGGGUGCAGUUCAUUCAGGCCGCCGAUAAGCACGUGCCAGAGCGACAGUGCACCAUCUCCGGACCCCUGCGCGCACGUGAGAGUGCCAAAGCUGCSAUCUUCAGUAUCAUUGAGGACAACGGUGGCACUCCCGCACAGCCGGAAAAGGGCUCAUACACCGCCGGCAUGCCUGGUAGGGCCAAGGUUAACCUCCCAGCCCUGCGCGAUGGAGAGGCGAGCACACAAAUCAUGGUUCCCGAUAAGACCGUGGGGCUGAUCAUUGGACGUGGCGGAGAGACGAUCAAGGAUUUGCAGGAGCGUAGCGGAUGCCACGUUAACAUUGUGGGGGAGAACAAAAGUGUGAGUGGACUUCGUCCGGUCAACCUGAUCGGAAGCGAACGUGCGACUGCAGUGGCCAAGGAGAUGAUUUUGGAGAUUGUCGAGAGCGACAAUCGUGAUGGAAACAGCCGAGGAGCAUCAGGAUCCAUGCCACCCGCCGGACGUGAUCAAGGCUAUCAGAAUAAUGGCCGCGCUGGCGGAGGUGGCGGCGGGCGUGAUCAUGUGGAGAAGACGAUUCGUGUGCCAUCUGAAGCGGUUGGUAUGAUUAUCGGCAAAGGCGGGGAGACGAUCAAGGACAUGCAGCGCUCGACGGGCUGCAAGAUCAACGUCAACCAGCCUAAGCCGCCGGAUGUGCAUCGUGAUAUCGAUCUUGCAGGUUCCGCCAGUGCGAUGGAGGAAGCCGAGCGCGUGAUUUGGGAGAAGGUUGAGACUGUUCGCGAACGUGAUGCCGCCGCUGGUCGUGGUGGUGGAGGCGGUCAAGGUGGUGGUGGCGGCGGUGGCUAUGGCGGCGGACGUGACCAAGGAGCCUCUCAGUAUGGUGCAUACUCACAGCCACAGCAAGCGCCCGCCGUGCCAGGAUAUGGACAAUACGGCGUUCCGCAGGCUCAGCCCGCUUGGCCGCAGGCAGCCCAACAAGCGACGCCACAACCGGGAGCGCAAAGUGAAGCAGACGUGUACGCGGCCCAGCAGUGGUAUGCUCAGUGGGUGGCCAUGGCCCAGCAACAACAGCAGCAGCAGCAGCCGCCCGGAGGCCAGUAA